GAAGGGUUUCGUCGUCGCGCGUGGUCUGGAACGAUGGGGCCUCUUUCUGGGGAGGCUGAUGGUCCUUUUCGCUAUCUUUCACGGGUCCCCCUCUUGAUUGCCUGCGUUUGUUGUUCACGGAGUCGUAAAGAUUCUUUCAUUUUCAUAUGGAUCCUCUUUAAGGCGCGGUCGCCGUCUGGGCUCGCCAAAUCGGCAUCGAUUAUGAAUGCUCCUCUUGGUUUCCUCGAAGACUCGUGCUUGACUUUGGAAACCCUCACCUGGAUCCUCGGUCGCCUUCUGGUGUGCCAAAAAAUGGUUUCUUUUUUCCUCGAGUGGCUGGAUUAUAUUAGUUGCAUCCGUCCGGCGUUCUUGUUGACCUUGAUUUGUGCUGCUGCGGGUGGAGGAUGUGGAACGGUUUGGCCUCCGAUCUUGUUCCCUUGGUUCUUCCCUAAUUCUUCUCCUAGUUGUCAUGCGAGGAAUUGAAAGCUUCGACAUUUGCGUUUCGUUGGGUCGGUAACUCGGUCACAAACGAUCCUUUUGGGUCUUUUUUAACCUUUCCAUGCUGCAGUGCUUGCAGGACAUGGGUUUGGUGGUCUUCUUACAGAUCAUAUAGUGUCAUUUUCUGCACAACCUGCUUGUAGACACUAGCAUUUUUUGUUGUGUAUAGUGGAGCAAAAGUUGGGGUUUGUGAAUCAACUUGAUUUGGGGAUCAGAGAAUGCCGCUUUUGGAACUGAUACCGAUCGGAACAAUCUUGGCACUGCUGACAGAUCAGGUCUUACAAACAGCAACAGCCGCAAAGGAUGUUCUUAUUGAGAAAGAAAGUUUUAAAGCAUUAUCAAAGUAUCUCUAUGAUAUCGAACCUGUCUUGAAACAAUUGCAGCUUCAUGAGUUGAAUGACACUCAAGCUGUGAGACAAGCAUUGGAGUUUCUUAAAGAAGAUGUCAAGAAGGCAAAGGACAUAGUGGAUAAAUAUAAGAACCGUGCACGCUUUUAUUUACUUGUAAGAUGCCGAAACAUUGUCAGAGAGAUACAAGAUGUCACAAGGGACAUUGGAAGGUCUCUUGGUGCUUUGUCCCUUGCAAGCACUGAAGUCCUCUCUGAUUUAUCAGAAAGGAUGAAUAGGAUUCAUGGAGAAAUGCAGAAGGCUGAGUUUGAAGCUUCUCAAGCACAGAUCAGAAUUGUUGAGAAGUUGGAUCAAGGACUUCGUGAGAGGAAAAGUGAUCAGACCUUUGCAAAUCACAUGCUGGAAGAAAUUGCAAAAGCAGUGGGUGUGCCUAUUGAGCCAUCAGAAAUAAGUGAAGAACUUGCUAGUUUAAAAAGGGAAAAGGAAGAAGCAGCUGCUCGUAAGGAAAGGGCAGAAGAAAUCUUUUUGGAGCAAGUUAUUGAACUUCUAUCUCAUGCUGAUGCUGCUGUUGAUCAAGAGGAAAUUAAACAUCAUUAUCAACGUAGGGUCCAGACUAUAGAAAACUAUGCUCCACAGGAUGAGUCCAUUAAACCUUUGAACUCAUUUAUGUGUCCCAUAACAAGAACAGUGAUGGUCGACCCUGUCAGCCUUUGCACUGGAACUACAUGUGAGCGAGCAGCCAUCGAAACGUGGUUUGAAUUUGGACAUGCUAUAGAUCCAGAGACACACCAAAUUCUUGAGGAGUUCUCACUAAGAAGCAACAUCGGUUUGAGACAGUCCAUUGAGGAGUGGAGAGAGCUCAACUAUUGUCUUAAGAUUAGGUCAGCGAAGGGAAAAUUACAAUCUGGUGAUGAUUCAGCAUGUGCUAAUGCUCUCGACCAGUUGCAGGACGUUAUUAAAGAAAAUCCAAUCUGCAAGGAUUGGAUUGCUCUAGAGGGGCUUAUUGAUAUCAUCCUUUUGACAGUUCCAAGUAGCCAUGAUAGAGAUUUAAAGAAAAAGGCUUUAGCAACAUUAACUGUUAUAGUUGAAGGGCAUGCUAAAAAUAAGGAAAAAGUGGUUGAAGCUGGUGGACUUGAUCAUAUAGUUAUUUGUCUGGGACGUGGUCCAGACAUUUCAAGGGCUGCAAUUGAGUUACUAUUUGAACUACUGCAUGAUGGUUCAAGGUGGUAUAAAUCUACAUGUAAGAAACUUAAGCAGCUAAAAAGCUCCAUUCUUUUUCUCGUGAUGCUUCUGAACAAUGAAGUCAGGGAGUCAGCAGAAAAAUCUGAAGUUAUUUUAUGGAAGCUUUGCGAAGAUGAUGAUGAUACUAUUUUAUCUGCAGCUGCUUCUAGUUGGUACAAGCCACUCAUCGAUCGUCUCAGUCAUGGUCCAGAGUCAUCAAGGAUAUAUAUGGCGAGAUCCAUUGUGAAAAUGGAACUGAUUGAUCAGAACAUAAGGCUUCUUGGUGAUGAAGGAGCGAUCCAUCCAUUGGUAGAGUUGGCAUCUGGAAAUCUUGAAGCGAAAGAUUCAGCUUUCUCUGCUCUAGCCAAGUUGUUGAGUUCCCGGGAUAAUAAAAGGUUAAUUGCUGUAGCAGGAGGGGUUCCCCUGGUAAUAGAACAAAUAUCUUCUUUGCGUGUCCCCUCAAUUAUUGUUGGUGAGUGCUGUGAGAUUCUUGAGAAUCUCACUUCAGACGAUGGCAUAGAAUUUCUUGUUGAUGCAAAUGGAAUGCAUCUCGCAUUGGAGGCUAUCAUAACCAACUUAAUCGCCAUGCUUCAAAAUUCACAUUACUCGCCAAACAUUUUGAAGCCAGUCCUACUCACACUUUUGAAUAUCUACAAGUCAGACCAAGUAAUUUCACAGAAGGCAAUUGCUGCAGCUAAUGGUGUUUCUGUUAUAUUUUCCUUGCUUGAAGAUCGCGACAGGAAAAUGCAAGAACUUGCACUUAAGCUCAUCUAUCAUCUUUCUCAGCAUGAACCGGAUGGUAUAACAAGUUUCCUCCUGGAUAAAAGGCUGGAGACAGUCGUUGACUUUCUUGAAGAUGGCACUCAAUGUGAUGUGCAAACAGCAGCAACAGGGUUAUUAGCUUGUCUUCAGAGCUCUGAGGCAGCACUUAAUGAAAGAUUGAUUCAGUUAAAUGUAUUGCCACUACUUAUGAGCAUACUCAAUACGAGUAAUACUGAAGCAAAAGAAAAUGUGCUCAGGGCCCUUAUCAGGUUUGUAGAUCCAAGUGAUGUUGAGAUGCAACGGAGGGUGGUAAAACUGGGAGCCUACCCAUUGUUUGUGAGCAUCUUAAAGUCUGGUAGCUUAACAGCCAAGGCAAGAGCAGCAGCUUUAAUCAGCAAACUGUCAUCGAGCAGUUUCACGCUAACUGUUGCACCAGUUACGACUGGCUGCUGGUGUUUCCGAGCAGUAUCCUUCCCUGCAUGUGAGGUGCACGGUGGAAUAUGUGAUGUCACUUCUAGUUUUUGCCUUUUAAAGGCGCAGGCAUUACCCGAGCUGAUAAGAUUGUUGAAAGAGCACGAAGAUGCAACAACUUAUGAAUCACUUCACGCGAUGGGGACUUUGAUUCAGGAUGGUUCGUCUUGUAGAGUUGCCAAGGUUCUACAUGAAGCAGGUGGCAUCAAUCCAAUAGUGGAUAUUUUGAGUUGGGGAACACCAACCUUAAAGGAAGAAGCUCUUGUAAUACUAGAGAAGUUAUUUCAGUACAGGGAAGUUGCGGACUUCUACCGUGCAGUAGCAAAAAUCCCGCUUAUUGGUUUGUCCACCAAGAGCAAUGAGAAUGGGCAUCUCGGACGGAGGGCUGCUCAGGUCCUGUUAGAGCUCGACCGCUACUCCAAAUCAAGUUCGAUGCCGCUUACUUAGAUGGUAUGCAUUCAUCUAAACUGUGACCAUGCUUUCUGUCAGAUUCCUCCGCAAUUUAUAACAUUUUGGUGCUAAAAAACCCUGCCUCAUUCAGCCAUUUUCCA